UUCAUCUCUCUCUUUCUCUUUUCAUCUCUCUCCCACCCUUCAAGUCUGUUUAGCACCACUUAUUUCCAGAUGUUUCAGAUGACCACCUGUCAGCUAAAGAUGUCUCUCAGAAGAUUCAAGACAUCACAGAUAACGUCAAAGAAGUGUUGAGCGACCUUGAAGAGAUGUUGGGAGACGAAGAGAGAAGCUUAUUCGAAGAGCGAGAGGCUUCGGUCGAUGAACUUGCUGAAGCCUUGGAGAAAGUGGAACAGCUGGUGAGGGGAUACCCAAUGAGGUUGGCUCGAGCUUGUGAGCGGCAAAGGUUGGUGCUUCGCUGCCCUUCUGGACAAACUAUCAGCAUCACCACCGCCCUGUACGGCCGGACCACGCGGGCGUUUUGCCCCAACGGCUCCAUCCGCUCCACCGGCUGCCGCAGCCCCAGCAGCACGGUCCGGGUCAGGACCAGCUGCCAGGGGAAGACCAGCUGCUCUGUGGACGCCACCAACAGCGUGUUCGGGGAUCCUUGUAGGGGAACAUUCAAGUACCUGGAGGUCAGGUUUAGCUGCGUCGCCGGGAGACCAGCGUCCUCUCCAGACUGUUCCGGCUGGACCCCCUGGUACAACCGUGACAGCGCGGACGCCUCGGGAGACUGGGAAAUGCUCUCGUCCAUCAGGAGCGAGAACCCCGGGAAGGUCUGCGCCGCGCCCUCGGGCAUCCAGGCCCGCGUCAGAGGCUCCAACACCCCCGCCUCGCGAACCGGCGAGCGGUUCUUUAAGUUCAACCCCCAGGAGGGCAUCGUGUGCAGGAACGCCGAUCAAAGAGACCGCAGAUGCCAGGACUAUGAAGUGCGCUUCUGGUGCCCGUAGAGAGUAUAUGUUAUGCUACAAGAAUAACAGCAGCAUCAAUGUUCUUAGAUCAAUUGUGUAACAUUGGUACCAGACAACCUGACCCUAUAUGUGUAGUUUUAUACGUUCUUUUUUUAGCAAGUGCCAGGAUGCCGCGGGGAUUUUUAAGUGCGCUUCUGGUGCCCUUAGACAGCAAAUGUUAUGCUACAAGAACAACAGCAGCAUCAAUGUUUAUAUUUCUAAAUUCAAUGGUGUAACAUUAGCAGCAGGACAUCCUGUCCUUAAAUGUGUAGUUUUCUACUAUUCUCCAAGCAGAGUUUGAGUCUUGGAGAUAUAGUAGUGAGAGGAGCGAGCCGGUAAAAAUUCCGACUGUAUCUCCACGACUUAACCUCUGCUUGGAGAAGAGUUUCAUACUAGUAUUUUGAGAAAGUGAUUGCAUCAUUCGAUGUUCUAGUAGCUACCAGCGUAUUUGAUACAAUUGUUAUAUUGCCCUUUUGAUUAAUAGCAUGUUGAUCGAUAUUCCGCAUAUCGCAUUGUUUAUUGCCAUGAAUUCAUUGUAAGCUCUUUCGAAAAAAAUCGCGAUGUUAAAAUUAAACCAGAUUGCACGGAU